AUGGUGCUUGUUCUUGUUGCUCUUGUGGUUUUUACCAACUUGGUUGAAGGGAGGAACAUUAAAAAAACAGAGGUUAAAGAAAGGAAGGAGGAGAAGUAUGAGCCAGAGACUUUUGGAGGACUUGGGAACUUCUUUGGAACUCCUGGUGGAGUUGGAGAUGCACCUGGGCUUGGGUUUGGGUCUCAACCGGGUUUCGGAUCUUUUCCUGGGGUUGGGAAUAUGCCAGGAAUGCCUGGUGCAGGGGUUGGAGGUCAGGAUGGAGCUAUGAUUCCAUGA